CCUGUCUCUCUUAGAGGUGGUGGAGGAAAUUAACCAUGGAGGAAGUUCCAGCUCCAGCUCCAGAGGAGGUCGUUGUCGUCAUGGAGCCAUCGUCGUUGAAAGAUGAUCAGACCCACAUCGUCAAAGGCAAGCGAACCAAGCGGCAAAGGGUCCAGUCUCCAAGCCCAAUUGGGUUAACCAAUUCCAAUGAAUAUGAAUGUCAAGAUGGAUUGAUAGAAGAGGACGCGGACAUGGACAUGGCGAAUUGCCUAAUCCUUCUCGCGCAAGGCCAGUCGAGAAUUUUGCCACACAAACAAGAUGCUACUGAUCAUCAUCAUCAUCAGAUGGGAGGUGGUUACAAGUUUAACAGCAGGAAAUUGAUCGAAACGGCCUCGAAUGGUGCAGGAAAGGCAGGGUAUUACGUUUAUGAAUGCAAGACUUGUAACCGAACAUUCCCAUCAUUUCAAGCAUUGGGUGGUCACAGGGCUAGUCACAAGAAGCCUAAUAACAAGUCCUCCUCCGCCAUUGCAGACGAGAAAAGGCAGUUUUUCUCGUCCUCGGACGAAGAAUUGGACGGGCAUUAUAAGAACAUCUCUUCACUUUCUCUCCAAUUUAGUCACAAUACAAGAAAUUUGAACAGCAACAAGAUCAUUAAGGUUCAUGAGUGCUCUGUUUGUGGAGCAGAGUUCACAUCAGGGCAGGCCUUAGGAGGUCACAUGAGGCGUCACCGGUCGAGUAUUACCGCUCCUGGAACCAGCAACACAGCCUUGACAUUGACUCCAACAACAACAAUAACAAUGGAAUUGGAAUCUGAGCAAGUUAAGCAACCAAGAAAGGUACUUUCAUUGGAUUUGGAUCUCAAUCUUCCUCCUACCACCCCAGAAGAUAAUAAACAGAAUACCGAAUCCAAAUUCGCCUUCGCUUCCAAGCAGCAGCAGCAACAACAGCAGCAGCAAUCACCCAAUAUUGUCUUCUCCGCCCCGGCCUUGGUCGACUGUCAUUACUAACAACGUUCUUGGCCUACAAUUUGACCAUUCUUGAGCUGGAACCAAUGUUGAUCACAAGAUUCUUUUGUUUUAUUUGUCAUACAUAUUUGAACAUUCUUUGUUUAUUUUUUUUUAUUCUUUGAUUAAUAGUCAAGACAAGGACUUGAAUUCUUUGUUCUCGU